AUGUUCUCUUCAUUCCUGCGCUCCUCGUCACGCAGGCCAUCCGAGACCGCCCCCCUGCUGCAGGCCAUUGAGAGAUAUCGCCGCCGCCACCAUGCCGACAACGACGACGCCCCCGACCACCGCCACCCGCGCCCCGUAGCCCACUACGACCCCGACGGCGACGACGGCGACGACGAUGAGGACGACGACGGCGACGACGAGGACCAGCGCGACGGGCCCCUGCUGCCUGUCUUCUCGCCGGAAAUCCUGGACCGCAUCCCAAUCUACAACACCACCCACGCGAUCCGCAUCAUCCUCGUCCAGCGCUGCGAAACGACGCUUUCGUGGGACCAGCUGCGCUCCCCCCAGGUCUCGCAAUUCCUCGUCAAGCCCAUCCAGCAGCAGCUGCGCUCCGACCAGUUCUCGCGCGGCCUCCUGUACUGCCUGCUCGCCAAUUGCCUACAGUUCAAAAAGGAGGGCGAGGAGAAUCCCGGAAAUGUCGGUGUCAGCAAGACGCGCGCGCUCAUCUGCGAGCUGCUGGCCGUGCGCCUGCUCAAGGAGUUUUCCACGCGCGAGUUGAUUGACGCCCUCUCCUACGACUUCGACCCGCUGCAGGGGCUGGCCUUGCCCGGACGCGGUAACACGACUCCAGGUGGCGCGAGCUGGUCGCGGCAGGGCCAUCGCUCGGCGCGCAUCUCGACGCUCGAGAUUGCCAUCCGCGCCCAGGCCAAAAAGUUCCUCGCGCACCCCCUCGUCGUGCGCCAGCUCGAGGCCAUCUGGGCCGGCACCAUCGUCUUCCACGCAACAGCCGACAGUCUGCACCGCAAGCCAGAUUCUCCCCAGGCGCGCAGUUCCAACGUCUCGGGCAACGCCUCGCCAAGGACAAGAUCAGGUCCGCCUCGUCGCAAAUCACCGCCCAUGCCUGCCCCUCCCUUGCCUCCCCCCUCUCCGCUGCUUCGACGCACGGUGACGCUCUACGACCCCCACGAGGCAUCGCUCUUCAAGCUCUCGCGUCUGCGUGUUCCCCGCUACCGCAACCUCUUCUCGACGCUCUCCUUUGCCAUCAUGCUGGCCCUGUUUCUCGCUGUGCUCUCGGAAAAGUCCGAUGACAUCACAGCGCUCGAGGUCCUCUUCUGGUUUUGGAGUGCUGGCUACAUGCUCGAUGAGGUUGUGGGCUUCUCCGAGCAGGGCUUCGGUCUGUACAUUAUGAGCGUCUGGAAUGCCUUUGAUCUAGGCAUUCUCCUCAUGUUCAUGGCAUACUACAUCCUGCGCCUGUACGGCAUCCUCAUGCCCGACGUCAGCAGUACCAGGGUCGCGGCCAUGGCAUACGACGUGCUCGGGUCUACGGCAGUCCUCUUGUUUCCCCGCCUCUUCUCGGCCCUGGAUCACUACCGCUACUUUUCGCAGCUGCUCAUCGCCUUCAAAAUGAUGGCUGUCGACUUGGUCGCCAUCCUCCUGCUCAUUGUCAUCAGCUGCAGCGGUUUCUUUGUCGCAUUCAGCCUGGCCUUUAAGAGAGAUUUCGGUGCUUCAGAUGCCGCAUACGCCAUCUUCCAGCUCGUCAUGGGAUUCAGUCCUGCCGCAUGGGAUCUCUGGGGAGAGAUGAAUUUCCUGGGCAAAACGUUGCUUGCCCUGUUUCUCUUCAUUUGUCAUUUCCUCAUCGUGACCAUCCUCGUCACCGUCUUGACCAACUCCUUUAUGGCCGUAGUCAAGAACGCCGACGAGGAGCAUCAGUUCCUAUUCGCCGUCAACACCAUCUCCAUGGUCAAGUCGGAUGCCCUCUUCUCGUACAUCCCACCCACCAAUGUCAUUGGGUGGCUGUUAAUCCCGCUAAAGUACACAAUGCCGUUCAAAAAGUUUCUCCGCAUGAACAGGUUUGUAAUCAAACUGACCCAUCUUCCUGUCCUCUUUGUCAUCUUUUUCUACGAGCGUGUUCUGCUUUCGCAGUUUGCAUAUGGCCCCACGGACCUCGUCGAGCAACGCGGCCGGGCAGCCUCAAAAGCGCCAGUGCCUGCGUUUAGUAUUCGCGGCCCUGUCGAUCUCUUCAGCCCUCGCUUACGCGAGCCCUCUGUGACGACGUUCCAAAAGGAUCAGGCGCUCGAAGAGGUAUUCCGUCGGCCCUAUCGUGACCCUAGCUUCCGGCCUACCCCUCGCUACCCAACUGCUAGAAGGAAUUCGGGUGACGUGGUGUCGGAUUGGAUGAAAAAAAUGGGCAACGACGACGAAAAUACCCCACCCCAGGAUGACUCGCGGUCUGUCCUGGACCGACUCGAGGGCCGUCAUCGGCCAUAUCUGCGCCGAACCAAAACCAUUGGCCAGACGAGACGAAGGCACCCACUCGCUGCCACUAGGACCGUUGCUUCGGAUCCUGAUGAUGCUGUAAACCCAUUUGCUCACCCUAUCGCAGAGGAGGAGGAGGAGGAUGAGCCUGAAAUGUCUGGCAUGGAGGAAGCGCCCCAGCAGACUGAUGCCGAUGGAGACGAUGAAGACGACCAAGCGAGUUCUGACCACGAACAAACUCCCCGUAUGGAGCCAGCUCAGAAAGAGAGUAGGCGGCCCAAGACUGUUUACGAGACUUCUGAAGACGAAUUCUUCCGUACGCCAAUGACUGGUGUUUCGCGGACGCAGCCACGCGCCUCGGGCACUACAGCUUCGCCAUCCGAUUCCAGCUAUCUGGGGAAAAAGCCAACGUCACCUGGCAAGAAGCGAGCAAAACCAACUCACAACCGCAAUACGUCUACAGGCACGAUUUUGUUUAGUCCCAUCAAAGAUACUAUGAAGACGUCGCGUGCGCCAUCUCCCGAAAAACGGCCAAAGACGGGCAACCGCAGUGGCACCGCCACGGGGACAGUUACCCCGGGCCGCUUGGAGGGCUCAACUGGGACAGGUGCACGUACACCAAAGCGCGUGCCGCCUCCUACUGCGUCCUCGUCCCGGCCCCGUGCCAUUAUACCAUCGCGCAGGAACUCGGCUCACAUGCUCUUGAAAGGUGAAUUGACUCGCGAGCGCUCUUUCACCGCAAUCGCCUUGGACCUGGCAUCCGACAUUGGAGACAAUGCGCUGAAUCCCAACUUUGGCAACAUUAGCGGGCUGCCUGCAUCCUUCACCACGCAGUACGAGAUGGCCGCGCGGAUGAAGGCGCGCGAAAUGCAAAAGGAAAGCGACCAAGACUCCGACUCGAACCGUAUGAGUAGGAUCAUGCUCGCGCGAAUGACGACGCUUGAAGAGGGUUUCCGCGACAUGCUGCAGGAAGUCAAGGGCUUGAAGCAGGGAGAAAGCCAAGGCAGCCGCGGAACCCAUUCUCCUCCCACCGAGCCUGCUCCUACCAAGAAAAAGACAAAAACCAAGAAGAAGCUCAGCAAGCGGGAUGAAGACUCGGAUGCGAGAUUGGGUUCCAGUGCCUGAGGACCGACUGCAUGAAGUAUGACGUGAUGUCGUCGCAUACAUGCAUUGCAUUAUUUCCGGUGUUUGUUUGUUUGUUUUUUUACCUGGGGCAUUUCCAUUGCGGCUCAUGAUGUAAAUUGGGUUGGCAAUCUGCUUUUCAGAAGGGGAUGUCUUUGAGUUACUCCCCCCCGCGCGUUUGGUAUAUUUUUCUUUUCUUUUUUCUCUCUCUCUCUUCUGAUUCCCGGGAUGCGUACUUUUGGUCUUGGCCACUCUGCUAGCCAUUCGCCGGCUACUCUGUCGCCAUGCACUCGCAGCAUUCCUGGUCGCCC